CGCUGAGACCCCGACGCUCUCCCGCUGGCUCUUGAUGCUAUCCUAUCCACUGCUGCUCCUUCCUGGCUCAGCAACUACACAUAAUAUCCUGUACGUACGGUGACCGCCCAGAUCUACCGUUCCACCACCAGCUAUCAUGGUCACUUCCAACGCCCCCUUCAGGCCGUCGCCCUUAUCGUUCGGCUCCCCGCGAGCGUCUCCCUUUCGCCGUCCAUCCACCCCCAAUUCUCCUCCACAAGGUCGCCCCAGCACCCCCGGCAGCUCCCCCGGUCGAGGAUACACCCCGGUCCAAUCCCCGAGCAAACUGAAGGAAUCAUACACCGUCGAAGAAAAUGACGCCGCCUCACCCACGAGCAAGAGCAGAAGUCCCAUCGCACAGCCUCGAUUCACCCGCGAGGCACCCCCAUCCCCGACCAGAGGAGCCAACUCUCCCGAGACGUCCUCAUCGCUGAUGGAAGCCAGGGCCGCCAACAUGAUGGCGGCCACGUCCGAUGCAGCGGCCAAACUAUCCCCCGCACAGCUGCGGGAGAUCCGAGAGGCCUUCCAGGUCCUUGACCGGGACAACGAUGGGUUGGUGGACAAGGGCGACGUCAGUGACGUUCUGGUGAACGUGGGCCAAGACCCUUCGGCCAUCUCGAGAUUCUUCCCGCUCGGGGGACCCCAAACGAUCAACUUCCCUACGUUUCUCAAUACACUAUCCCAGCUCCUGGCUCCACUGUCCUCGCGCCAAGAGCUCAUGAAUGCCCUGGCGGCCUUUGACGAGGACGACAGCGGGCAGAUCGACGUCGACGAGCUGCGCGACGCCCUGCUACACACGGCGCCAGAAGAGGGAGACCGUCCGCUGAGCGAUCGGGAGAUCAAUGAAGUGCUGAGUGGAUUUACGGGACGCAGGGCAUUUGGAGGGAAAGACGGGCGGGGGGCUGGGGGAGGGAAGAGGGGGGAGGUGUUCCGAUACCAGGACUUUGUGGGUGGCAUCAUGGGAGGCACGGAGACGGGGCAAGCGACCCGACGCGAUGCUUGAUCCGUGAUGGCGUAAUAAUGGCGAGAUCGAUAGAUAGAUAAAUAGUAUGAGACGGUAGCGUAGGCGGUGGGGGGGAAGGGAAUGGUUUGUUUUAGUGUCGGAUGGCGUUCGGAUUAAUGAGGCAUAGAUAGGCAUCCGACCAGGCUCUGGUAGUCGGGGAUUGGGAAUAUGACUUCAAUGGCUGAUUCAAGGACUUGAAUGACAGGCGUGGGUGUCAACUGUCAGGCUACGGGAACAGACAGGCCACGAUGCGAAUAAGGUUGGGGGGGCGACUCGUGCCCGACCUUCGGUGGUCCGGCCACUGUCAGUCCAUGAAUGUUGAUAUGGACAAGCCGUCAAUCUAUC